AUGCCACCACAUACCUCUGAGUCGCCAGCUAAAAAGCAGAGCAAAUGGUCGCCUGAAGAAGACGCACUGAUCAUCGAGCUCCGCGGAAGCGGGAUGAAAUGGGACGAUAUUUCCAAGCGUCUACCAGGUCGGAGCUCUAUCAGCUGCCGUCUUCACUACCAAAACUACCUCGAGAGACGCAGUGAAUGGGAUGAGGAGCGCAAGAACAAGCUGGCAAGGCUCUACGAAAGUCUCAAGGAAGCCUCCCGAGAGAUAUUCCGACUAUGCCAUCGCCAAGGUACAGCCGUGGCCCACCUGGACCUCUUAUACCGCCUCCUUCAUCCGGCGGACGGCCACUGGCAGCUCGACGCGAAAGCUUACCGACACGAUCGUCCUUUGCACCGCCCCCUCCGCCACACCAUCACAGCGACCCUAGCGGCUAUUCGUUGGCGCCAGCUAUAG